AUGGCGACAAACCUCCAAUAUGGGUCCGCCACGUUGCACCUCACGAGGGAAUCCUCAACAGAAUCGGUUGGGGGAUACGCCUCUAAAACAGACAUGUCACAAAGGAAAUCUAGAAUCAUUUGGGACCAAAGUUUAGACAAAACUUUUCUAGAUGCUUGUAUCCAUGAAGUAACCACUAAUCGUCGUGAGGGUAGUGCUCUUAAACCAAAUUCAUGGAAAGUUGUAGCCGAAAAAUUAUUAAAGGAACACGGUUUAGUUGUUGAUCAAAAACAGAUGAGAAACCGCUACGACUACUACAAAGGAAAGUAUCAAGCUUGGGUGAAACUUAAAAGCAAAACCGGAAAUAUAUAUGAUCCUUUAACAAAUAAAUUUAAUUUGACUGACAAACAAUGGGAGACGGAGACGAAGUUGAACAAGAUUGUAGGAGCUUUGAAAACUGUUCCCCUCCUUUUCCCUGAUCUGUGCACCCAAUUAUUUGGAGGUUCAACCUGUACCGACUUUGAUAGUUGA